UUGGAGUGUUAUUGAAAUCGCACGAUAAACCGGUGCAAUAUUUUCAGCCCGACUGAGAAAGAGACCCUUAUACUUUGACACAAGAAAACUCAGUGACGGUCUCACAGUGUUUCUUGGAGGGCAAUGAUCCUUUUUCCAACUAAAAUGUUUAGUUGAGUAAUUUAAUAUUAUCGAUUCUUCGGUUUGGAACACCUCACUCUUCCUGCCUCAAGAAUCGCGAAGCGCAGCGUCUUCACAAAUGCUUUUUCCAUACUUGAAAAAAACUGCUAUGGAGCCGAGCAAAAAAGUAGCGCAAAAUAUCAAAUCGAAGAGAGUACGGCGCAAGCAAAGGCAGAAGAAGACUGGCCUGUUGAUUGAGUAUGGUGAUCCCGACACAAAAGUUGCCGUGAGACUCCUACCACCAACUCUCGAAGAAAUGGACUUUCGAGAACAGGCAGAGAAAAUCUCGCUCACUUUCCGAUCAGGCUUCGAAAGCUUCACCUACAAGAAAGGAAAAAAAGCUUCAAAACCUUUCGAAGAACCUUGCUUCUCUGUUGCUUUCGUCAAAUUCAAAACCCCGGCUUUGGCAGAAAAUUUCAAAAGAGAGAUAAGCCAUGUUCUGUUCAAAGAAACGACAACUGAAGACAACAUCAAAUGUAACGUAAUGAGGCCUAUAUUCGGUGAGCUCAAUACUAGCCAGACAACAAGUUCCGAAAUUCCGAUUGAAACCGAAGUGUUUAAAUUGUUCGCAAGCCUAAGAGGCCAAAAAGAGGGACACGUCGACAUCCAUGAGGUUUUGGCUACUUGCAGAUCAAAAACAAGAGGAAAGAAGACAAAGCUUAAGCUCUCAACACCGACUUCUCUGGAACACUUGAAUCAAAGCAGCUUCUCCCCAGGUAUUGUAAAAGGCUCCAAAAGGAAAGAUCACAAACAUGCAGACAAACCAAAUGAUCCAAAACUCAAGAGCAAGCGAAUCACUUCCCAUACCUCCAAUUUCUCAGAGCACGAAAGCAAACCCAAAAAUAAGCAAAAACAAAGGAAGCUUCCCGAAAGCAUUCCGCAUAAAAGCACUGAUGCUCAGCCCAGUGGUCCGUUACUGUCCACUUCUGGUGUUCUCAAUAAAAAAACAAAAAAAAAGAAAAAACCCUUGGGAUCCCAUACCCCACUGGCUAAGAACAUCAAAAAUCUUUGUGACGGAAAACCCAUUUUAGAAAAAAUUACAUGAAGGUAUACAGCAGGUUUCAGAUGGUCUAUAUACUAUGAUUUUAAUCACCAUGUUCAAUUCCGCAUGAAUGAAAGUUUCGUGACGAGACAAAUCUCUGGGGCCAGAUAAUCAGAUCAUCAAGGAACAUCGACAUGGAGGUCUACUCGGAGAAAUCUUUAGCUUCGUCGGAAAAUGGUUAUGUCGUGUGGUUCCAAUUGUGCAAUGCAAAGUUGUGUUUAACAAGAAUGUUUAUUUCUUACAUGACGGGUGAAGGACGAGCACUUACAUCUAUCCCGACGACAGC